GUUGUUCACAUUUGGAUUAGUUCAUAGUUCAUAUUUCGAAAUAUAUUUUAUUGUAUUUUUUAUAAAUAAUAUUAAAUGACAAUGUACGAGAAAAAUUCAAAAAGUUUUGCUGAAAAGCAUGUAUUAUUUACAUCUAUACUUGCAGGAGCUAGUGCAGGUAUAUGUGUGGAUACUGUUUUGUUUCCUUUAGAUACCAUUAAAACUAGAUUACAAAGUCAAUAUGGAUUUUUACAAUCAGGUGGUUUUAAAGGACUUUAUCGUGGUUUAUAUCCUGUAUUGAUUGGUUCUACGCCAACCGCUGCAUUAUUUUUUGUUACUUAUGAAAAUAUAAAAGUAUAUACUGAACCUUUGGUAUCUAAAAGAUAUCAUUCUUUAAUACAUAUGGGGGCAGCAUCGCUAUCGGAAAUGGUAGCAUGUAUAGUACGCGUACCUGUAGAAGUUAUGAAACAAAGGAAACAGGCUUUAUUAUUAGAUAAGGACAAUUUCAAUAUAAAACUUUUAUACCGUGGUUAUUGGAGUACCGUAUUAAGAGAUAUGCCAUUUAGUUUAAUACAAUUUCCAUUAUGGGAAUAUUUUAAAAAUAUUUGGUCUCUUUACAUCAAAAGAGAUAUAUAUCCUAUUGAAAGUGCAAUAUGUGGAUCAUUUGCAGGAGCUUUCUCAGCAGCUAUAACAACUCCAUUGGAUGUUGCAAAGACAAGAAUAAUGUUAGCUAAUAAAAUGAUACAAAGUUCUGAAUUGAAAUUAUCUACAAUAUUACGUUCAAUAUAUAUCGAGAAAGGCAUAAAUGGCCUUUUCGCAGGUGUUGGUUAUAGAGUAAUGUGGAUUAGCAUAGGUGGUUUUAUAUUUUUUGGAGUAUACGAAGAGGCAAAAUUAUUAACAUUAAAUGCGUUGGCAUUUAUGACUAAAGAGAAAAAAGAACGUAUGAUUAUUUCCAGCUAAUAUGGUUAGUAUAAAAAAAAAAGAAAAAAGAAAAAAAAAAAGAAGAAAAAAAAAAUACUACUACACAAAUUCCAUUUAAGAGAUCAAGAUUUAUUACUUUCUUUGGGAUAACGUAAUAAAUUAACAUGAAUCAUUUAAAGUGGGAACGAUAAGUUAAUAUAAAAAAAAAAAAAAAAAAAAAAAAAAAAAAAAAUGUCAUUGAACGAAAGUUUUAAUCUGUAAAUUAAUCUAUUUGUAUUUAUUAUUUCGUAUCUAUCUCGUUUCUUAUCUUAAAUGUGAUUGAAGAUUAUCAUCAUUCGUAAGGAAAAAAAAAAAAAAAAAAGUUUGCAAUUAAAUAUGAAAUUAAAGUAAUUGUUUUCAAUUGAUAAAAGAGAUCAAUAACGCGGUAAAGAUAAAAAAGUUUUUUCAAAAAAAAUUUAUAUAUACAUAUAUAUAUAUAUAUAAUAUAAAU